AGUCGCAGCCAGGAGCGGCCGCAGACGGAGCGCACCUCGCAGCUGCCGGGCGGGCCCUGGGGGGAGCUGCGUCCAGCAGAGCUGCUGGGUGGUUGCUCCUCCCGGGCUCUCAUCUCCGGUAUCCGGGCCGACCCCCGCACCCCCUACUUCCCUUGCCCUCGCUACUCUCUCCUUAGAGGCGACUCUUUGGGGAAAGGCCAGCAAUCCCGCCUUCCCCGGCCCCAGUAGUGACCCACUCUCCCACCCCACCUCUGUUCCUUUUCGCGGCCCCGUCUCCCGCGCCCUCAGGCGCCCAGAACGCCCCGGCCAUGGGCAUCCGAGGCAUGCUGCGAGCCGCAGUGAUCCUGCUGCUCAUCAGGACCUGGCUCGCGGAGGGCAACUACCCCAGUCCCAUCCCGAAAUUCCACUUCGAGUUCUCCUCUGCUGUGCCCGAAGUCGUCCUGAACCUCUUCAACUGCAAAAAUUGUGCAAAUGAAGCUGUGGUUCAAAAGAUUUUGGACAGGGUGCUGUCAAGAUACGAUGUCCGCCUGAGACCGAAUUUUGGAGGUGCCCCUGUGCCUGUGAGAAUAUCUAUUUAUGUCACGAGCAUUGAACAGAUCUCAGAAAUGAAUAUGGACUACACGAUCACGAUGUUUUUUCAUCAGACUUGGAAAGAUUCACGCUUAGCAUACUAUGAGACCACCCUGAACUUGACCCUGGACUAUCGGAUGCAUGAGAAGUUGUGGGUCCCUGACUGCUACUUUCUGAACAGCAAGGAUGCUUUCGUGCAUGAUGUGACUGUGGAGAAUCGCGUGUUUCAGCUUCACCCAGAUGGAACGGUGCGGUACGGCAUCCGACUCACCACUACAGCAGCUUGUUCCCUGGAUCUGCAUAAAUUCCCUAUGGACAAGCAGGCCUGCAACCUGGUGGUAGAGAGCUAUGGUUACACGGUUGAAGACAUCAUAUUAUUCUGGGAUGACAAUGGGAACGCCAUCCACAUGACUGAGGAGCUGCAUAUCCCUCAGUUCACUUUCCUGGGAAGGACGAUUACUAGCAAGGAGGUGUAUUUCUACACAGGUUCCUACAUACGCCUGAUACUGAAGUUCCAGGUUCAGAGGGAAGUUAACAGCUACCUUGUGCAAGUCUACUGGCCUACUGUCCUCACCACUAUUACCUCUUGGAUAUCGUUUUGGAUGAACUAUGAUUCCUCUGCAGCCAGGGUGACAAUUGGCUUAACUUCAAUGCUCAUCCUGACCACCAUCGACUCACAUCUGCGGGAUAAGCUCCCCAACAUUUCCUGUAUCAAGGCCAUUGAUAUCUAUAUCCUCGUGUGCUUGUUCUUUGUGUUCCUGUCCUUGCUGGAGUAUGUCUACAUCAACUAUCUUUUCUACAGUCGAGGACCUCGGCGCCAGCCUAGGCGACGCAGGAGACCCCGAAGAGUCAUUGCCCACUACCGCUACCAGCAAGUGGUGGUAGGAAACGUGCAGGAUGGCCUGAUUAACGUGGAAGACGGAGUCAGCUCUCUCCCCAUCACCCCAGCGCAGGCCCCCCUGGCAAGCCCGGAAAGCCUCGGUUCUUUGACGUCCACCUCCGAGCAGGCCCAGCUGGCCACCUCGGAAAGCCUCAGCCCACUCACUUCUCUCUCAGGCCAGGCCCCCCUGGCCACUGGAGAAAGCCUGAGCGAUCUCCCCUCCACCUCAGAGCAGGCCCGGCACAGCUAUGGUGUUCGCUUUAAUGGUUUCCAGGCUGAUGACAGUAUUAUUCCUACUGAAAUCCGCAACCGUGUCGAAGCCCAUGGCCAUGGUGUUACCCAUGACCAUGAAGAUUCCAAUGAGAGCUUGAGCUCGGAUGAGCGCCAUGGCCAUGGCCCCAGUGGGAAGCCCAUGCUUCACCAUGGCGAGAAGGGUGUGCAAGAAGCAGGCUGGGACCUUGAUGACAACAAUGACAAGAGCGACUGCCUUGCCAUUAAGGAGCAAUUCAAGUGUGAUACUAACAGUACCUGGGGCCUUAAUGAUGAUGGGCUCAUGGCCCAUGGCCAAGAGAAGGACAGUAGCUCAGAGUCUGAGGAUAGUUGCCCCCCAAGCCCUGGGUGCUCCUUCACUGAAGGGUUCUCCUUCGAUCUCUUUAAUCCUGACUACGUCCCGAAGGUCGACAAGUGGUCCCGGUUCCUCUUCCCUCUGGCCUUUGGGUUGUUCAACAUUGUUUACUGGGUAUACCAUAUGUAUUAGUCCCCCAGUGCUCCAGAACAGCGGGAGCACUGUGCUGUGCUCCUUUCAGUUUCUUUUGGGUUUGUUUUUCCCUCUUUCCUUUGUUCCUUUUAUUUUGUGG